AUGGCGCCAACCCACUACACUGACCAUGAUGGUGACGUUGAGGGGAGGAGAAACCCCGAUGAGGAGACGCCUCUGUUGGCCCACGACCUGCCGCCAACCCUCGCCCCAAGCAGAGCCUACCAGAUCAAGGUCAUUGUCCUGGCAAUGUCAUUCAUCCUCCUUCUUGAAAUCGGUGCCUAUCUCCAGAUCCCACCAUCCUACCAGCUCAUGGAGGAUAUCAUUUGCCGCAAACACUACCCCGACCACAUCAUCUCGCAAAAAGACGAAGAUAAUGUCUGCAAGACGGCGCUAAUCCAGGGAGAGCUGGCGAUGAUCAAGGGCUGGCAAGCCUCGUUCGAUUGCGUGGCGCCGCUGUUAACGGCCAUCCCAUACGGCGUCAUUGCCGACAAGUAUGGCCGCCGGCCAGUGUUAUCUUUAGCCAUGCUGGGCAUCACACUGGAGUUUCUGUGGAUGCUGCAACCGCUCUUAUGGCCCGGCGUCCUUCCCCUCUGGACCGUGUGGUUCGGAGCUGCUUUCCAGUUUAUCGGUGGGGGUACGGGAAUGGUCCAAGCCAUGACAUGGACCAUGAUAUCCGACGUGGUCCCCAUAUCUAGCCUGACGGCUGUUUACUACAAGAUCGGAGCAAUCGUGCUCGGGGGAGAGCUCCUCGUCGCCCCCCUCAGCGCCUAUCUGCUGAGCAAGAACCCCUGGCUCCCUCUCACCAUCGGCAUGGUUCUCUUAAUUCUCGGAACGUGUCUACCUCCCUUCAUUCCCGAGACGCUUGAGCUGCGGCGGGCCGCCGACGAGGAGGUCGAGCAAACGCUUCACCGGUCCGAAGAUGGCGCCAAUGGCAAGCGAACACUCAAGGAGCAGAUCGUCUUUGCGGUGAAAAACGACAUGGGCCAUGUCUACAACUUUCUCAUCAGAUCCCGCAGGGUCAUUGGUCUGGUGGCAGGGUUCAACCUGACGAUUGUCGUCAAGUACGUCAAGACGGAUAUCAUGGCGCAGUACGUCCACAACCUGUUUGGUUGGUCUUGGGCAAAGGCAACCCUUCUUGGUACGGUAUCGACUGUCACCAACAUGAUCAUGCUGCUCGCCGUCCUCCCGGCGGUGGGCUGGUACAUCACCAAGCGGACGGGCGUGCAUCCACUGAUCCGCGACCUGUGGCUCGUCCGGUUGACGGGUAUUCUCCUGACCCUCGGCUGCUUCAUGGUUGCCAUUGCCUUUGCUCCAUGGUUCCUUAUCGCCGCCCUUAUCAUCUUCUCGACUGGCACUGUCUACACCAACAUUUGUCGAGCAGUGCUUAACGCCGUCGUGGAGCCGCACACGAUUGGCACGCUCAACACAGCCAUCAGCUGGGUGGAACAGAUGAGCCUCCUCGUCUCGGCGCCCAUCAUCUCGGGCUUGCUGAAAGCCGGGAACGCAGCGGGCGGCGUGUGGAUCGGGUUGCCGUACAUGGCGGCGACGCUCAUGGCGAUUGGCGGCACCGUUAUUGCCUUUGCCUACCGCUUACCUGGGGAUAAGAUCCUUUAG